CUUUUGUCUACUUUAAAUACGAAUGCUAUAUUAUUUUGUGGUCCUAAUGUCAAGUCUGCAGGCUCUCCAUCCGCUGAGGGAAUUCUUGGGGCAAUUCCCCCGCCUGUUGUCUGUCAAAUAUGUUUCUCUGCAGGUCAUUCUGCCCUCCAUUGUCCUUCCCGAUUUUCUCAACCAUCUGCUCCUGCACUUCUAACUGGUCAAGCUAAUGAAGCCCUGUGGUAUCCAGACACUGGUGCCUCUGCUCACAUGACACCCUCUGAAGGACAAAAUUUCGGGGGCGGUUCUUCUUCGGGCAACAACUAAUGGUCAUCUCUAUCCUCUCAGCCUGAGUCCACCACCUACUCUAGCAUUAUCUUCAGUCCUCACCACUGGCCCUGUGUGGCAUCGUAGAUUAGGUCACUGUGGUGAAAAUAUUUUACGUACUUUAAGCACUCAAAAACGCAUAUGUAGUAGCUCUAGUUUUUCGCAUGAUUGUAUUUCUUGCCGGUUAGGCAAAUCUCAACGAUUACCUUUUUCAGAUGCUAAUCAUACUACUUCUUCUCCUUUGCAAUUAAUUCAUUCUGAUGUGUGGCAGUCUCCAGUUCUUUCUAAUUUGGGAUUUAAAUACUACGUAUGUUUUAUUGAUGAUUUUUCUCGUUUCACGUGGAUUUACCCAUUGCGUGCUAAAACCGAGGUUUUUG